AUGGCCAUGUCCACGACAGCUAGACCACCUGUUGGGACUGCGGCUUUCGGUGCCGCCAAGUUCACGCCGCAGCUUCGCGUCGACGCCCUACCGCUCAGCACGCCCGUCGCCGGAGCACCGCAUCGACAGAUACAUCCAGUCGGCCCUCGAAGACAUGGACGUGCGGCCGCCGAGCGCCAUGCCGCGCCCCGCGUACGGCUGGCCGAAGGAGGCCGUCGAGAGGGCGUGGGCGGCCAACCGCGCGGCUCGGUUCGGCGGUGGCGCCAAGAGAAUACGGAAACGGCCCAGGGGAGUAGGGGUGGUGGUGUCACGCCGCAGCAGCAGCUCGAGGGGCUGCGCCGCGAGGCAAAGGUGCCUGUUCUGACGGGGACGGUCUGGAUGACGAUUAGGAAGCCACAGGAGCUCAUCGGAACGCCGUUUGAGAAGCUGCGGCAGAUGGCGGACCGGCUCGUCGGCGGCCUUCUGGAGAGACACGAGGGGGCGGGCAAGCCGGUUGGGCUGUCGAGACGGCCCAAGAAGACGGGGCGCAAGGUCGAGAGGGCGAGUCGCGGGUCGAGGAACGAAGAUCUGGAUGCCGAGUUUGGGGAUCUGGGGCCCAGCCUGACGAAGGACGACUUUUUUUGA